CGGACUGUGAGUGAUGUAGGAUGUGAACGUGUUCAUGAUCAGUGACAGCUUCCAGCUCGUGAGGUUCUCAUUAAGUUCCUGCUUUAAAGUCUUAAUUAAACACAGAAAAAAAUAUAUAAAAUUAGUGCUAAAAAUACAGCUGUUUGAAUUUCAUAAAUUUUACGGGUAUGCUUGAUUGUAACAUACAUUCGUGUUUAGUUCGAGACUAAUAUAUCCACAAAUGUAUUAGAUGAAACCAAAAGUAUUCAAACAUUAGUGCCUAUUGUUGAGUACUGCAUCCAUCACUGAGGACAUAUUAGGGCUGUAACUAACGUGAAAGGGAUUAAGAAGAAUAUCAACUUGGAAUAAAAAACAAAUGCACAUCAAGACAGAAGAAGGCGACAGGCCAUUGCCGACAAUGUCUUACUACCCAGGGUCCGAAGCGUGCAACAGACACAUCCCAGACAACGACGUGGGGUCCUCGGCGUCCUCCUCCCCGACGCGAUACGAGUACCCGCCUUUCAAGUUUUGUCCAGACGCAACCUCAAGACUCAUAGACCUGAGCAGGGGCAAUUCCGGGCAAAGCAGCAACUCAGGGACGUUCUCGCACCACUACAGCCCAUAUCACCAUCACCAUCACCACCACGGUCCCUUGAACCAGCUACCCGCUAACUACCUGAUUCCUCCUGGCUACAACGGACAAGAGUUCCUCGACAGGCAGAUCAACAGACACGUGGAUGAUGACGCGUCCUCAAUUUCGGCUCAUCACUUGCAGGAAGACCAACAGCCGACGUCGUCAAAGUUAUUGGACUCAGAUGACGGUGAGGAGGGCGCCGCGGCGGUUGCUUCUGGGUCGGUUAUCAAACUGGGAGCAGCGCGGAAGCGAAAGAGUUGCUCGACAAGACAGUUGUUCAAUCAGGAGAAUUGCGACAAGCACAAAGUUCGCAGGAAGUCGCAGUCAUUCGAGGAGCUGCAGUCGCAGCGCGUUCAGGCGAACGUGCGCGAACGGCAGCGCACGCAGAGCCUAAACGAAGCGUUCGCGUCGUUACGGAAGAUCAUUCCCACUUUGCCAUCGGACAAACUGUCUAAGAUACAGACGCUGAAGCUGGCCGCACGCUACAUCGACUUCCUGUACCAGGUGCUGCAUUGCGGAGUCGGAACGGACGGGGACAACGACGGUGACGACAACACAGGAAUCGAAACGAGGACGCCGGGCUCCUGCAGUCCCAGUACCCGAUUGGCUCUGAUGAGUGCUUCAGCUGUGACAUCAUCAUGCACGUACAUGGCCCACGAGAGGUUAAGCUACGCCUUUAGCGUGUGGAGAAUGGAGGGCGAUUGGAACGGCGGAGGCCAUGUCUAGCAGUCUGCCAUGCAAGUGGAGCCAUACGGAAAGAAGCAACGAAAAGUGACGGCUAUGCAGUAACCAAGGAACACAAAGUCGCGAGAGAGAGAGAAGACAAUCGACUUGUUUUACGCGGCUUUCAGUGAACCAAUGAACAAUUAUUUUUGUAUAUGUGUAGGACUUUGUAGGACAUUAGUACUUUAGGUUAGUUCAUCCACCUUUUCAUUGAAAGAAUCUUGAACCUGUACGGCUGAAAUCAACACGUAAUAAACAGAAAAA